UCUGAAUUGCUCAGCCUCAGGCGUGGAUGACGCGGUGGGUGAGGUUUGUAUGACUGUGGAGAUCUUCAGCGACCCAAACACAGGAGGACACAAAAUCACAGCUAAAGUGGUGGCAGCCAAUGACCUUCGCUGGCAGACGCAGGGAAUAUUCCGGCCCUUCGUGGAGGUUUACAUCAUCGGCCCGCACCUCAGUGACAAGAAGAGGAAGUUUGCCACCAAAUCCAAAAACAACAGUUGGUCGGCCAAGUUUGGCGAAUCCUUCCAGUUGUACGUUUUUAACAGACCGUAUCGAGACCGAUCGAACUUCUGCAUAA